UUGAUUUGGCUUGUCACUUCCAGAGCUUUGAUGGAGAGCAAGCUACUUAGUGGAACUACUCUCAUUGUAGACCGCUACUCCUAUUCGGGAGUGGCCUUUUCAGCUGCUAAGGGCCUUGACAUUGAGUGGUGCAAGGCUCCAGAAAAUGGACUUAUUGCUCCAGACCUUGUAAUAUAUCUUGAUGUACAGCCAGAGAAAGCGGCUGAAAGAGGAGGCUAUGGGGGUGAGCGAUAUGAAAAGAUAGAGUUCCAAAAGAAAGUUGCAGAGCAUUACCAUUCACUCUGUGAUUCGACAUGGAAGGUAACUCAGUUUCUGCAAGAAUCACCAAGAUGAGGUCCUUGUAUUUGCUUGGCCUCGUGCCAACGACUCAGGUCUUGAUAUGUGCCAAUCAAGGGUCUGGAAUUGCAAGUGAAACAGAUUCAAUACCUAUUUUGUUCAGUUUGCACUUUGCAGUGAUAUU